UCUUAAUCUACAAUAAGCAAACCACAUUUAGUUUAACAACUGAAAACUAAUUAAUCGCUUUCGCACAGUCUUUGAUUCGUGGUAAAAAUAGAUGACACAUUCCCUACUAUUAGAGGUUGCAAAGUAAUCGAUCGUAACGGCGAUGGUAGCCGAUAUACUUAGGUACUUGUGAUCGGUGCGUUUGUAGGAAUCAUCGUGGCAAACAUUAGAAAGUGCUAUACGAAUUGUUUGCAAGGGAGAAUGGGUACGAGAAGGUGAUAGUGCGCAUACGUAGCUGGCCGAUGGCGAUGCAAAUUUUAUUAGUGACGCAUUUUAUCGGCCGCGCCUUUCCUACGGAAUAAGGAAACUGAGAACAUGGAAGCGCGAAGCGGAGAAAACUGUUCUGGAAGAUUUCAGAGCGUUCCCUCUGUAGAAACUCUGGUUCUGGCUGGAAGACUAGGUAUAGGAGGGGAGAGGCCGUUUCCGCUUACGUUUUCCCGGAGAAAGAGCUGGUUGGUCGUCUCGAGGACGACGGUAGGACGGUACGACGAAAGGAAAAAGUCCGAGAAGAGCCGAGGAAGAACGUCGAUAACGUUGGAAAAACGUAAAACGCGCACCGACGAGGAGGAAAAGGAAACGCCGCGUGUAGUAUAGGGAGAGGAAGGAGCGGAGGAAGAGAGAAGGUAGUAGCUUCCCAUCGAGCGAGAACACGAAGUGUAUAUACGUAUCAGUGCGGCGGAGAGAGAAGGAGAGUGCGGAGGAGAGGAGAUGAGAGGAAAGGAGAAAAAGAGAGAAGGGUGGCGGAGACGGUGGAAGAAAAGGGGCCACGAGAAAAUAGCGUCUUCGCCUCGUGGGGAGGGAACGAGGGAACGAGUAAAUGGAGGCAACGCGCGGAGAAAGAGGGAACGAGAGACGAGGAGGGUCGAGAAAGAAACGAUGAAACGACCGAGGGACAAGGAGGGCCAGAGAAAAGAAAAGAGGGAGAUGAAACGAGAACGAUACGGGGGUAGAAGAAGAGGGGAGCUUGCUCGUCUACUCCACGAAUGGCAGAGAGACAGACGGGGAAAAAGAAAGAGGAUGGGAUCCGAGGGAGGCGAGGUGAAAUUGGACACAAAAAGCUCGAAGAAAAAUUGAGAUGAAUCGUGGAAGGGAAGAUGGAAGGGAGGAUUCUCUGAAAGGGAGAGACCAACGCAGUGUCCUUCUCCGAGGCCGCGAAAGAAAGCGCGAACGCGCAAGGGAUGAGCGUCCAUCGAUGCGACAUAUUUAUCGCCGAUUUUGACAAUCUUUCGAACGAAUAAAGCAGACUCAGCGCCCACGCGCUUUCCUUCUCGCGAUCGCGUGUGCAACUUGCUCUGUCGUCGCACUCAUCUUUGCUGCUGCUGCUGCUGCUGCCGCCGCUUCUGUUUUUGUGACGAUUGCUCACUGUUGUUGAAUACAGGCGUUAUAUAUACGUCGGCGGCAUGGCCGGGCAGCACUACUGCCUGCGUUGGAACAACUAUCAAUCAAACAUGACGUCCGUUUUUCACCAGCUCCUCCAAACGGAAGCUUUCGUGGACGUCACCCUGGCAUGCAACGAAGCUUCCUUAAAGGCACACAAGGUUGUAUUAUCCGCGUGCAGUUCCUAUUUUCAAAAGCUUCUACUGUCAAAUCCUUGCAAACAUCCUACGAUCAUUAUGCCGCAGGAUGUGUGUUUCAACGAUCUCAAAUUCAUCAUCGAGUUCGUCUACAGAGGAGAGAUCGACGUUUCACAAGCAGAACUUCAGUCACUGUUGAAGACCGCCGAUCAACUGAAGAUCAAAGGACUCUGCGAGGUGCCCGAAACCAGAGAUGGUCCACCCUCUGUGAGCCUGAGUUCGCCGCCGAGGGAACCCGGCACUCCUAGGAUAAAUUUCACUAAGCUGAAGAGGCAUCAUCCGAGAUACAAGAGGCCCAGGACCGCAUUCGAGCCUCGUGCAACCGAUUCGAGGCAUUACGAUCGUUACAAAGAGGAAGAAUCGAAAGAUAAUUACAACCGCGAGAACAAAGAGAACCAUAGAGACUGGCAAGCCGAUGAUGAAGAGUGCACGGAGGCAACCACGGGAGCAGUAGUCUUGGAAAGUUGCCAGCGUAACAGCAACGCCAGUAUCGCCAGCACCGGCAACAACAAUAAUAACAAUAAUAAUAGCAACAACAGCAACGGUAACAGUACGAGCAACAAUAACAACAACGGUGAUAUGUUCUGUCACACAGGUCUCGGACACUACGGUCAUCAUCCGGAUCCCGGAGAUGUUGAUCUACCACCGGAAACUCAACCUACACCACCAAGUGCCACGUUAGUCGGCACUACGAUUACUCACUUAAGGGACCCGGAUCACCAUGCUACAGAAAUCCAAACUUGCGACAGUGUAAAAAUAAAAUUUGAGACGUUACACACAAUGGAUUCAUCGGACACGAUCGAUAUCGACAGCCACAUGUCAGAUCGGGCGAGCGUUAGUUCUAAGAACGCAGCCGACAGCGACAAUAUGAUGAUGAUCACACCAGAAUUACUCGGAUUAAUGCCUUCUGGUAGUUCGGUACACUCGGAUUCCGGGGAGACCAAUUCGAGGGGUCACUCUGGACAAUCGAGUUCUCAUCAUCACGGCUCGAAAUCGUGGACUCAAGAGGAUAUGGAUGCCGCGUUGGAAGCCUUACGAAAUCACGACAUGAGCCUUACAAAAGCCUCCGCAACUUUUGGUAUACCUUCGACAACGUUAUGGCAAAGAGCGCAUCGGCUAGGUAUCGACACACCGAAGAAAGAUGGGCCUACCAAAUCCUGGAGCGACGAGAGUUUGAACAACGCACUCGAAGCGUUACGAACUGGAACGAUAUCGGCGAAUAAGGCAUCGAAAGCGUUCGGUAUACCAUCAAGCACAUUAUAUAAAAUCGCAAGGAGAGAGGGCAUUAGAUUAGCUGCACCUUUUAAUGCGAGUCCCACCACUUGGUCGCCCGCCGAUCUCGAUCGCGCCCUGGAAGCAAUACGCUCUGGUCAGACAUCGGUCCAGAGAGCCUCCACCGAAUUCGGUAUACCAACGGGGACUUUAUAUGGCCGGUGCAAAAGGGAAGGAAUCGAACUUAGCAGGAGUAAUCCUACGCCAUGGAGCGAAGACGCUAUGACUGAAGCCCUCGAAGCAGUUAGAUUAGGCCACAUGAGCAUCAAUCAAGCGGCUAUCCACUAUAACUUGCCGUACUCUUCUUUGUACGGUCGCUUCAAAAGAGGGAAAUACGAGGAGCCAUCGGUCGGCGAUUUAUCGCAAGACGGUAGCAAUCCGCAUUUCCAUCAAAGUCCAACUCAGAAUCAUUCGUCCGCCGUUCCGGAUCAAAUGCCGUACCAAGGCAGCUGAAACUUACCUCUUUAUUAGAUCGGUUUAAGUUAACUUGAAAUCGUCGAGUUUCUCAUUGCAACUUCACAAUCUAUUGGUGAGAGCGGUGAUACAGACGAUCAAAAGCCACCAACCAAAAAAGCGUGUUUAUACGGGAAGCAAGAAUAAAGACAUAUAUUUCUUAGUAAUUCAAGGCCGGAAACCGGGGCUUGUGGUGAUACUAAGUGAUUGAAAAGCAGGAAGGGUUGGGAUUUAGACCGGACACAACGGGGUAGAGAAAGGGAGGAGUUUGCAGUAUUAAAGACGGAUUGUUUUAAGCGAAUAUUAUGUAUAUUGUGUGAGUCUUGCGUCGAGGCGGAAGUGUAGAUUAUUAAUUAUAAUUUAUAAGAAAUAUUUAUAAAGGAAAAGCAGAAAGUGAAUGCUGUACAGUUAGGAUAAUCCCAGUAAAUCUAGCAUCUAAGUUGCCACUGGGCCAACGCGGAACGGAUAGUAAUUCCUAACGCGAUUCGUUUCUCAAUCUUAAUUUUCUAUAUCUUCUCAACUGACCGGGCUCUGUUGAAAACGAACGACGCAAUUGAAGACUACCUAUGUAUAUAUCUUUAGUAAAUAACGUGAAAAAUUAAUUACGGGCGUUUAAAAAAGAGAGGAAGGAAUAUUUCCACGGUUGCAUUUAAAAUCCUCUUAGAACUGAAAUAUCUCGUGAUGAAUGUAUUAGCAACAGAGAACGAAGUAGCAGACAUCUUCCAUGGAACUUAUGUUCUCCGAAAUUUCAAACUCUGUGACGUACGUUAUUUUAGGAAAAUGUGUGAAUAAGUAUAUAGUGCGACGAGUACAGAAAUUAUUUUCUCAUCUCUGUCUAGAAAUGGAAAUGAAAAUGAGCGCAUGGAGUUUCGAAGAAUUCGACCGAUUUCUAAAAAAACAAAGAUACUUUCUUUGUUCAACUAAACUGCCAUGUAUAAAGAAAAUAUGCUACAUCUGUCACCAUUUUAUCAUGCUCACAACUAUUAUAUAUAAAAACAUAUAAAUACAUACUACUUAUAAAUAGAUGUACAGUUUAUAUAUUUUAAAUUAAAAAGUAAUACGAUUAAAUGAAAUGUU